CCUUAUAACGAGAAUUCAACCUCUCUCCCACGACGCCAGAAAAUUAAAAAAAAAAAAAAUUCAAAAUUUCUAAUUUUUUCUCUCUCUCUGACCUCCCAAAAAUUUUCAUAUGCUCCCUCUACUCCAAACCCCUUCACCCCUCGAAACCCUAACGCUUUCCCCCUUCUAACAAUUCCACCCAAAAUCGAUCAAAAUUCUACAGAGGGAAGCUGAAGCCGAAGCCGAGGCGGAAGCCAUGGCCAUUGCAGAUUCUAGAGACCAAGCCCUCUCUCUCCUCACCGCCGCGAACAACCACGCCGAUUUGGCGGUGAAGCUUUCGUCACUUAAACAGGCUAAGGAUAUUCUUUCCUCUCUCGAUUCUUCCUCCGCUGCCGAUCUCUUCCCGUACCUCGCCGACCUCCAGGGUUCUCCUGAGUGCCUCGUUAGGAAAUUUCUUCUCGAGAUAAUUGAAGAUAUUGCAUUAAGAGCGAUUGAGCAUUCUUCUAUACUAGUACCUGUAUUAGUAGCGUUUUUGAAGGAUAGUGACUCUGAUGUUGUAAGGCAAUCUAUUGUUAGUGGCACAAAUUUCUUCUGCAGUUUUUUGGAAGAAAUGACAUUGCAGUUUCAGCAGCAUGGUAAAGUUGACCGGUGGCUUGAAGAACUAUGGAUGUGGAUGGUUAGGUUCAAGGAAGGGGUGUUUUUCAUUGCAUUGGAGCCUGUUCCAGUUCGGACAAAGUUGCUGGCGCUGAAAUUUUUGGAGACCUAUGUUCUACUCUUUACAUCUGACAACGUUGAUUCUGAAAAAGUUGUUGAAGCUACCAGAGGAAGUAGAUGGACUUUUAAUGUAUCAUGGCUAAGUGGUGGUCAUCCUGUUUUGGAUCCAGUUGCGCUAACAUCAGAUGCGCACAGGACUCUUUACAUUUUACUGGACAUGUUACAAUCAGCCAGUAGUCUCCCUGGGUCUGUGACAAUUACUGUUGUCAAUUGUCUUGCCGCCAUAGCAAGGAAGAGACCCCUCCACUAUGGUACUGUUCUUUCUGCACUGCUUGAUUUUAAUCCAAACUUUGAGACAGCUAGGGGAUGCCAUAAUGCCAGUAUCCAGUAUUCCUUGAGAACUGCGUUUUUGGGAUUCCUGAGGUGUACUAAUCCUGCUAUUAUGGAGUCGAGAGACAUAUUGCUUAGAGCUCUACGAGCAAUGAAUGCUGGGGAUGCUGCUGAUCAAGUCAUCAGACAGGUUGAGAAAAUGAUAAAAAGUAGUGAGCGUGCUUCACGGGAAACUCGUCCAGGCAGGGAUGAUCAAUCGUCAAGCCAAGCAGCUAUUUUAGGGGAUGUGUCAAAGAAAAGGUCUAUGCCUCAGGAUAAUGAAGAACCAAGCAAUAGUCUUGAGAUGGUCUCCAAGCGCACUCGCUAUGGUCUCAAUUCCCACUCAAUGUCACCUAUUCAAAUAAAUGAUUCUGGGCAGGAUUCAGCUUCUGUUAAUGGACUGCCUCCUAAUGUUCCUCUUUCAGAUGGCCAUUGGACUCCUGUUGAGCAAAUGAUUGCAAUGAUUGGUGCCUUACUUGCUGAAGGAGAAAGAGGUGCUGAAUCUCUUGAAAUUCUUAUUUCAAAAAUUCAUCCCGAUCUGCUGGCUGAUAUUGUCAUCACAAAUAUGAAGCACUUGCCUAAGGAUCCUCCACCUUUAACAAGGGUUGGAACAUUGCCAAUAAAUCAACAAGCUGGUUAUGUAAAUAGUCCGGCUCAAGUCUUGCCACCUCCUGCUCCAACAAAUUCUUUGCAUCCUCCACUUUCCACAUCACAAUUGCCUUUUACCUCAGCUGCUACAACCAGUUCAUUAUUAUCUGAUACAUCAGUUGUCAGUAAUUUUGCUGCAGAUUCCAAACGUGACCCAAGAAGGGAUCCUCGUCGCCUAGAUCCACGACGGGCUGCUGUAUGUGUUGGAGUGCCAUCUCCACCUGUUCUGGAGGACACUGGUGCUGCACUGGCUGAGUUUGAUGGUUCUAUUUCUAGUAAGCCUUUUUCAGUACCAGUUGUUGAAAAUCCCCCUGUGCAUUCCAUGUCUAACAUCCAAAGUGAUGACAAGAUCAUCGAAGGUCCAUUGGUUUCUGGUGUUGAGCAACCAGGUCCCGAAGGGAUUGUCCUGGGUGGUGUGGAAGACAUUGUUCCAGUUCUAGAGGUCCAGACUUCUUCCAAACGUGCACCUUCUCCUCCUCAUACAGUUGAUGGAGAUUCAGCUGAAAUGAAGGCAGAUGCUGAAGCCAAAUAUGAGACUGAUGCAUCAUCUUUUCCAGAGUCUGAUCAGAAUUUUCAGGCUUCUGAAAACUCAUCUUCUUUUGAUGAGACUGGUCGUGAUUUACCUGUACUACCACUAUUUGUGGAGCUAACUGAAGAGCAGAAAAGAACUGUGAGAAAAUCAGCAGUCCAACAGAUUGCUGAAUCAUACCUGCAUCUUCAUUGGUCAGAUUGUAGUCAGACACGCAAUGCGUUACUUGCUCGACUGGUUGCUCAGAUUGAUGGUGAUGAUGACAUCAUUGUUAUGUUGGGAAAGCAAAUUGUUGCAGAUUACCAACACCAAAAGGGUCACGAGAUUGUAUUGCAAGUUCUCUACCAUCUAUAUUCUCUUACAGUCUCAAAUUCAGUUGAUAACUCUUCAUAUUCUGCUGUUCUUUAUGAUAAAUUCCUCUUGGCAGUGGCUGAAUCUUUGCUGGACACUUUUCCAGCCUCAGAUAAGUCAUUUAGUAGACUUCUUGGUGAAGUUCCAUUUCUGCCUGAUUCGGCCUUGAGACUAUUAGAUGAUCUCUGCUAUUCUGAUGUAUUUGAUGUUACUGGAAAAGAGCUUCGUGAUGCUGAGCGUGUGACGCAGGGCCUUGGCGCGGUGUGGAGUUUAAUUUUGGGACGUCCAAAUAAUAGGCAAGCCUGCUUAGGUAUAGCAUUGAAGUGUGCUGUCCAUUCUCAAGAUGACAUUCGAGGCAAAGCUAUCCGGCUGGUAGCAAACAAACUUUAUCAGCUGAGCUACAUAUCUGGGGAAAUUGAGCAAUUUGCAACGAAUAUGUUGCUGUCUGCUGUGGAUCAGCGUGCUGCAGGUGAAGAGUUGUUGCAGCUUGCGUCCAUUGACGAAAAAGGCGAAAGGGGUGGAAGCGGGGACACAUCUAUUAGUGGCUCCAGUCUUUUAGAGCCCGGAGCUUCUGGAAUUGACUCCAUGGGUACAGAAUCAACAAGCAAUAGUGCUUCAGUAGUGUCAUUUCCUGAAGCUCAAAGACUCAUUUCUCUGUUUUUUGCUUUAUGUAAAAAGAAGCCUAGUCUUCUUCAACUCUCAUUUGAUAUUUACGGCCGAGCUCCAAAAAUUGUAAAGCAGGCUUUUCAUCGCCAUAUCCCUAUUGUAAUAAGAGCCUUAGGUCAGUCUUAUUCUCAGUUGCUCCGAAUAAUAUCUGACCCACCACGAGGAAGUGAAAAUCUUUUGACACUGGUGCUGCAAAUAUUGACUCAAGAGACAACCCCUUCUCCUGAUUUAAUAGCUACUGUUAAGCAUUUAUAUGAAACUAAGCUAAAGGACGCUACCAUCCUUAUUCCAAUGUUAUCUUCACUUUCCAAGAAUGAGGUGUUACCUAUUUUUCCACGGCUUGUUGACCUUCCAUUGGAAAAGUUCCAGCUUGCACUUGCUCACAUAUUACAGGGUUCAGCUCAUACAGGUCCUGCCUUGACCCCUGCCGAAGUGUUGGUUGCCAUCCAUGACAUCAUUCCUGAAAAAGAUGGCCUUCCACUCAAAAAGAUAAUGGAUGCUUGCUCAGCUUGUUUUGAACAGCGCACGGUUUUUACACAGCAGGUCUUAGCAAAGGCCUUGAAUCAGAUGGUUGAUCAGAUCCCACUUCCCCUACUUUUCAUGCGAACAGUUAUUCAGGCAAUUGAUGCUUUUCCUACCCUGGUUGAUUUUGUCAUGGAAAUCCUAUCCAAACUUGUGAACAAACAGGUAUGGAGAAUGCCAAAGUUGUGGGUUGGGUUCUUGAAGUGUGUGGCUCAGACACAACCGCAUUCUUUUCCUGUAUUGUUACAGUUGCCACCUCCACAACUUGAAAGUGCACUGAACAAAUAUGGUAGCCUCAGAAGUUCCCUAGCUGCUUAUGCAAGCCAACCAGCUACAAAAGGUUCACUGCCUAGAUCAACACUUGCGGUUCUUGGUCUUGCAAAUGAAUCACAUAUGCAGCAACCCCAUAUGUCAACCUUGCAUCCUUCAGACACUUCCUCAGUUCAGGGAGCAACUCUGACAUGAUAAUUCAAAGCUGUUCAGAAUUUUAGAAUGGACCAGCUGCACUUCAAGCUGUUAUGUGGAUCUGAUCACCGCGUCAGUCUUGAUGCCAGGGUUUGAUUCACUGAGGGAGGAAUGUAAAGAUUGGACCUAGCAUAUGACCAUUGCUCAAUCCGGUAUGAGAACUAACUCGUUGCUCAUAAAAUAGCAAUUUCUAGCAAGGGGUCACCAUUCAAGAGGACUCCCUCCAGCUGCUUGGAAGAUUGUACCAUAGUUCCCUUUGUAUUAUUUCUUUUCCUUUUUGAAAUUUUGAGAACAACUUACCGCCAAAUUCUGGCAGAUGUAAUUAACGUGUGUUUCACUGGGUUGAUAGCCCCCCAAAGCACAUAAAAGGUUAUCAAUGGUUCCCUGCCAAAGGGAUCCUAUAUUCUCAAGAACCUUGAGUUUUUGGUCAAGGGACAGUUCGAUUUUAAGAGGAAAAAUGAAUGUCAAUAUAUCAAUUGGUUCAAGCAA